AUGAGCAACGGCAAGCGAUGGCAGAACGCUCGGAGGUUCCUGCUGCGCAACCUUCGUGAUCUCGGGAUGGGAAAGACCUACCUGGAGGAGAGCAUCCUGGUGGAGGCCAGAGCGCUGGUCAAGGACUUCAAAUCCUGCGCGGGGACGCCGGCUCACAUUCCUGAGUCGCUCAAUGUUGCCGUUUUGAACGUCAUCUGGCAGUUGGUUGCAAGUAAGCGCUACGAAUUCCACGACAAGGAGGUCCUCGAGCCCAUCGCCAUCUUGAGGUCCAUCGACUCGUCCUCCUUUGCUACACUCGUCGAAUUCUUUCCUGGUGUCAAGAAACUUCUUCCCGGGUUCCUAAAGGAGAAGUUAUUUGCAGGGCAGAUGAAGAGACUGAAGGACAGCAUCGUAGAUUUACUGAAGGACUCAAUAGAUUCUCACAGAGCCACACUCGACCCAGCCACCCCGCGUGACGUCAUCGAUGAAUAUCUAAUAGCCAUGGACGAAAAGAGUGAAAUUGCUGAGUACUUCAGUGAACUGGAUCUGAUGAGGAUUAUCUUCGACCUGUUUGCCGCGGGCUUCGACACGACGGCCAACACCCUGCGCUGGAUCAUCCUCUACAUGGCCAGGUACCCUGAAGUGCAGCAUCGCGUCCAACAGCAGAUUGACGAGGUUGUCCCACGUGACACCUUACCCUCAUACCAGCACAAGAGUCGGCUGCCGUUACUCGAAGCGACGAUCCAGGAGGUUCUUCGUGCGUCGUCCAUGAUUCACAACGGAGUCCAACGCGCAGCUCAGACCGAUACUUACCUGGCAGGCUACUUCAUUCCGAAGGGGUCGUGGGUGUUCGGGUGUUCGGGAAUAUGCCACAUGGACUCACGCUACUGGGAAGAACCGCAGGAGUUCCGACCCGAGCGGUUCCUCGACGAAGAAGGGAAAGUCAAAACGCCAAAGGAGGGACUCAUACCCUUUGGUUCAGGACGAAGGAGCUGUCUUGGAGAGGCUCUGUCAAGGAUGGAACUGUACAUCUUCACGGCAGCCCUUCUGCAGAACUUCACUUUCUCUCCUCCAGAGGGCGUCGAGGUCGACCUAGAAGCCAACUCCAAGCAACCCUCUGCACGUUUGUCUAAAGAACAAAAUAUUGUCAUUAGCAUCAGAGAGUGAUAACCUACUGGAUAUGAACUCCUAUUAGCUUAUAUUUCAAGAAUUUGUUCUACAUCUCUGUAGUAGAUUUUUCUCAACAUUUCAAUGUAACAUAUUCCAAUAUUAGUAGCAUUCUAACUUUGUGUUACUUUUCGUACUAGAUUAUCAUGAUUAUGAAAAGUAUUCAUGUUGACAAAUGUAGAAAAAGUAUGAAUGAGAAUUAAUAUUUUCACAAUACAAUCGAAACCGGUCAGAUAUAUUGUAUUGUGAAGAUAUUCAUUCUCAUCCAUAUCUAUUCUACAUAUAAUUAUAUUGACAUUCUGUAGUCCAAAAUAGGUUUAGGUUUACUCUCUGAUUUGAUAUGUAUAAUAGAAAUACUUUGUUGUACAGUUAGAAAAAAACUCUUUACUUGUGAUCAAUGAGGAGCUAAGUAUUAUUUUCCUUUUAAUCAACAAGCUCUAAUAUUACAGAACAUAUUAUACCAUUAUAAAGAAGUAUGAUUUAUGAUUUUUAAAAAAUCAUAAAGCAAUGUAUGCUAACA